CAUAUGCACACACCCAAAGCUUGUGUUAACAUUUCUUCUUCCUAAGUAGCAUUCAGACAAAACAUCAAGAGAAAAGAAAAUGAACUCUGUUUCCACUUCCUCUGCCCAGUUCAAGUCAACGUCCAGCAAGAGCGUGUGCGUGGUAGGUCUUAUGGCCAUGAUGGCUGACGAUCCCGAGCAUCCUGAUGUCUUCUUGCUAACAGACUCCGAGCACGGUAACACCUACAAGUACCAGGCAGGGAACAGAACAAAUGCUUUGCUCUGGUUCAAACAUCUGAGUGCUGCCUGUCAGAGCAAUAGGCAACAGGUGCCAGCCAAUCUGAUGUCAUUCGAGUGAGCGAUGCUGAGGAGUGUGACUGCGUAAAGGAGAGGAACCAGACAAGGAGGAUGAGGAGGAGUAUUGACUCAGUAGUGGGAGCUUUCACUGCCAUGAGCCCUGACCGCCGAUUCUCCGAUUCUAGCCCCGGCCUCACUGCAGCCUCACCUGCCACCACUGCCUUAACCAGAGUACCCUGUGUGUGUGUGUGUGUGUGUGUGCGUGUGCGUGCGCGCGUUUGUGUGUGUGUCUGCGUGUGGACGUUUUUGGACGUACUGACUACUGAACAAGGACCUGCACCACUGCUCUUGUCUCCCAUUUGCUCUCAGUGUCUUUUCGUUUUUACUGUUCAGCACUUCAGCGGAGCCUUUCGACUUCUCCUCUCCUCUCUCACAGGCAGACUGUCCUCGGAGGGACAGUAAUAAUCCUCUCCUCUGUUUUUUCUUUUAACAGGGGUUAACUCUUUUUAUUUGUGUCCCUGCCAGAUUCACGCCUUUUUUAAUCGGGCUGGACACACAAUCACAACACGCACACUCACAUUGGACUAACCCACUGGACUUUGGAGGGUUUCAAAACUUUUUUUUUUUUUUUUUACUUACUCGGGUCACACUUUCAAUUGUUGGUCUCUUUAUUCACUUGAGUUGGCUUGGAGUCACGGGAUUAUUUACAUGAGCCACACACACUCACGCGCACACACACACAGGCCUAUUUGAUUGCAUCGUCGUAAACUUAAGGGCUCUGAUUCGCAAUCGAUUCCAGCAGAAACAAUUCCCACACUUCCCGAAUGUGUCUAGUUUUCAUUACAGAACUUAGCCCCUCUUUUUUUUGUCAUAUACUCGCAAAGUGUUCUGUACGUAUGUUUGCGUGUUUGUAUAACUGCAUUGGGCGAGGAGGGGUGGGAGUGGGAAGGCAAAUAUUUGCUUAUAUGACAGGAAUCUCGUCUGUGUUCCACAUAGGUACGAUAAGCCCAGAAUCUAAGCUAAGACAUGUUCACGGUUGGGUAGACAAGCGUUUUUCCUUUUACAAACCUGUAUUUUUGUGUUCUCCAGUGUUGUCUGUUCUCCACUUAGAAAAGCAACACUUGGUUCACCAGACUCACACUAAACACUAAAGACUUGAAACUGUGAAGGAGUCCAAGAGAGAGAGCAACGAGAACUCACAAUUCAUGAUUUUAUCUCCUCUUCUUCUUGUUGCUUAAUAUGGUUAGAGCCUCUGGUCUGGAGCAGACAUUCAAAGCUACCUGGAGCCAUACAGAGUCUAUUUUAAAUCUUGUUUGUUUAUAUUGUUUUGUGUUUUUCUUUUUCCUGUGUUGGGAGGGAUUGUGCAGUUCACAGUAUUACCAUGUAGUAGAUGAUUGCACGUCAAUGUAGUAUUGUCUGUUACAUUUGAAUGUUACAUUUCUUCUUAUUUAGUUUUUCUCGUUUUUUUUUUUUUUUUGGA